CACAGCCAGCCACAACCCCUCACUGCUCCUGGACCAAAAUAGACAGUUGAGGGCUCAGCUGCUGACAUCAACCAGAAAUGGCUGCCACCGGAGUUCUCCCCUUCAUAAGGGGGGUAGACCUCAGUGGAAACGACUUCAAAGGUGGGUACUUCCCGGAGCAUGUCAAGUCCAUGAGCAGUCUGCGAUGGCUGAAACUGAACAGGACCGGACUGUGUUACCUCCCAGAGGAGCUGGCCUCUCUGCAGAAACUGGAGCAUCUUUCAGUCAGCCACAACAGUUUGACCACCUUACAUGGAGAAUUGUCCAGCCUGCCAAAUCUACGGGCGGUGGUAGCCAGAGCCAACAACCUGAAAAACUCUGGAGUCCCAGAUGAUAUCUUCCAGCUGGACGACCUCUCUGUGCUGGACCUGAGCUACAACCAGCUGACAGAGAUCCCCAGAGACCUGGAGAACAGCAAAAAUAUGCUGGUGCUAAAUCUGAGCCAUAACGGCAUCGACGCCAUCCCCAACCAGCUGUUCAUCAACCUGACAGACCUGCUGUACCUGGACCUGAGCGACAACAAGCUGGACAGCCUGCCUCCUCAGAUGAGACGCCUGGUUCACCUGCAGACGCUCAUCCUGAACAACAACCCACUGAUGCAUGCCCAGCUACGACAGCUUCCCGCCAUGGUGGCGUUACAAACUCUCCACCUGAGGAACACACAGAGGACCCAGAGCAACAUGCCCACCAGCCUGGAGGGUCUGACACAUUUAGCAGACGUUGACCUGUCCUGUAAUGACCUGACGCGGGUGCCGGAGUGCCUCUACUCGCUAGGCAGCUUGAAGAGACUCAACCUCAGCAGUAAUCAGAUCUCAGAGCUGUCUCUGUGCAUCGACCAGUGGACUCAGCUGGAGACGCUUAACCUGAGUCGCAAUCAGCUCACUUCACUGCCUUCUGCUAUCUGUAAGCUGUCUAAACUGAAGAAGCUGUACGUAAACUCGAACAAACUGGACUUUGACGGGGUCCCACCAGGCGUUGGCAAACUGUCCAGCCUUACUGAGUUCAUGGCUGCAAACAACAACCUCGAACUUAUCCCAGAGGGUCUCUGCAGGUGUGGCAAGCUGAAGAAGUUGGUACUAAAUAAAAACCGCUUGGUUACGCUACCUGAAGCCAUCCACUUCUUGACCGAUUUAGAGAUUCUGGAUGUGCGUGAGAACCCUAACCUUGUGAUGCCUCCUAAACCCGUGGACAGAGCAGCCGAGUGGUACAACAUCGACUUCUCUCUGCAGAACCAACUUCGGCUGGCCGGGGCCUCGCCUGCUACCGUGGCUGCUGCUGGAGGAGGAGCCAGCCCCAGAGAUCAUUUGGCGAGGAAGAUGAGGCUGAGGAGGAGGAAGGACUGCUCUCAGGACGAUCAGGCCAAGCAGGUGCUGAAGGGGAUGAGUGACGUCGCACAGGAGAAGAAGAACCUGGAGGAAAACGGUGACUUGAAAUAUGGAGAUUUAAAGAUCCGACGCUGGGACCAAAGCCUAGAGAAACCUCAGCUGGACUAUUCUGAGUUCUUUUUGGAGGACGUGGGGCAGGUUCCAGGUGUGGCAGUGUGGCAGAUAGAAAACUUUAUUCCCGUCCAAGUUGAUGAAACUUUCCAUGGAAAGUUCUACGAGGCUGAUUGCUACAUCAUCCUCAAGACCUUCCUGGAUGACAACGGCGCCUUGAGCUAUCAGAUCUUCUACUGGAUCGGUCAGGAGGCCACUCUAGACAAGAAGGCGGGCUCGGCCAUCCACGCCGUCAACCUCAGAAACUUCCUCGGUGCAGAGUGCAGAACGAUACGAGAGGAGAUGGGUGACGAGAGCGAGGAAUUCAGUGCUGUGUUUAACAAUGAGAUCUCCUACAUCGAGGGAGGAACAGCCAGUGGAUUCUACACGGUGGAGGACACUCAGUACUCUGUCAGGUUGUACAGAGUUUAUGGGAAGAAAAACAUCAGACUGGAGUCCGUACCUGUGAAGGGCUCCUCCCUCGACCCACGUUUCGUCUUCCUCUUGGACACAGGCCUGGACAUUUAUGUCUGGAGAGGAGCCAACGCCACCCUGAGCGGCACCACGAAGGCCAGAUUAUUUGCAGAAAAGAUAAAUAAAAACGAGCGAAAGGGGAAGGCAGAGAUAACGACCCUGAUGCAGAAACAGGAGCCGCCGGAGUUCUGGGAAACACUUGGAGGACAGCCGGAGGAGAUUAAGAAACACGUACCAGAUGAUUUCUCUCCUAUCAGACCUAAACUAUACAAGGUGGGUCUGGGUCUGGGCUACCUGGAGCUGCCACAGAUUAACUACAAGCUGUCAGUCGAGCACAAAGACGCCAAGGUCAAACUGGACACGCUGCCAGAGCUGAGACUGUUGCAGUCCCUGCUGGACACUAAAUGCGUGUACAUCCUGGACUGUUGGUCUGACGUGUUCAUCUGGAUCGGGAGGAAGUCUCCUCGCCUCGUCAGAGCGGCCGCCUUAAAGCUGGGUCAGGAGAUCUGCUCCAUGCUGCACCGGCCCAAGCACUGCUGCGUCACUCGCAACCUGGAGGGCACUGAAUGUCAGGUGUUCAAGUCCAAGUUUAAGAACUGGGACGACGUGUUGAAGGUGGACUACACCCGAGCAGCUGAGACGGUUCAGCAGAACGACAACCUGCAGGGCAAGGUGAAGAAAGACUCGGAACAGAAAGAUCAGAUGAAGGCCGACCUCACGGCUCUCUUCCUCCCCAGACAGCCAGCCAUGCCUCUCACUGAGGCUGAGCAGCUGAUGGAGGAGUGGAACGAGGAUCUGGACGGUAUGGAGGGAUUCGUGUUGGAGGGGAAGAAGUUUGCUCGUCUGCCUGAGGAGGAGUUUGGACACUUCCAUACUCAGGACUGCUACGUCUUCCUCUGCAGAUACUGGGUACCCGUGGAGUACGAGGAGGACGAGAAGGAGAAGAAGGAGGGUGAAGGUGGUGAAGGAGGAGGAGGAGGAGGAGGAGGAGGAGGAGCAGCAGAGGAUGAGGAGGACAAACAGCCUGAGGAAGACUUCCAGUGUGUGGUCUACUUCUGGCAGGGCAGGCAGGCCUCCAACAUGGGCUGGCUCACCUUCACCUUCUCCCUGCAGAAGAAGUUUGAGAGUCUGUUCCCCGGAAAGCUCAAGGUGGUGCGGAUGACACAGCAGCAGGAGAACCUCAAGUUCUUGUCGCAUUUCAAGAGGAAGUUCAUCAUCCACAAAGGGAAGAGGAAACAGAAGACGGACUCUGCUCAGCCUUCUCUCUACCACAUACGCACAAAUGGCAGCGCACUUUGCACCAGGACGAUCCAGAUUGGAACAGAUUCCAGUAAUCUCAACUCAGAGUUCUGCUUUAUCCUCAAGGUACCGUUUGAGAGCACAGACAAUCAGGGCAUCGUUUACACCUGGGUGGGCCGAGCUGCCGACCCCGACGAGGCCAAACUGGCCGAGGACAUCAUGAACAGCAUGUUUGACGACACCUACAGCAAACAGGUGAUCAACGAGGGGGAGGAGCCAGAGAAUUUCUUCUGGGUGGGGAUUGGUUCUCAGAAGGAGUACGAUGAAGAUGCAGAUUAUAUGAAAUACGCUCGACUCUUCAGGUGUUCGAACGAGAAAGGUUACUUCUCCGUGUCGGAGAAAUGCUCGGACUUCUGUCAGGACGACUUGGCGGACGAUGACAUCAUGCUGCUGGACAACGGCAAAGAGGUGUACAUGUGGGUCGGUACUCAGACGAGCCAGGUGGAGAUCAAACUCAGCCUCAAAGCCUGCCAGGUUUACAUCCAGCACAUGCGCUCUAAAGACACCGAACACCCCCGGAAGCUCCGACUGGUGCGGAAGGGAAACGAGCCUCACUGCUUCACGCGCUGCUUCCACGCCUGGGGGGCUUUCAAAACUCCGCCCUCGUAGACAAACGCACAGAAACGCUCACAUCAGAUGUUGUUGCUGCCAUGUAAUUUUUCUACCUGUAAGAUUAAGAUGAUGUCUAUCCCCGCUCCGGUUCCUUCCCUCCAUCCUUCUGCAGCCUGACGUCCAGACUUUCCCGUCAGGGCGCUGUCAGCCAUGUUAUAUCCCUGCAAAAGACCUGUUUUUUCUACAUGCUCUUUAGAAAUGAGAGGAUAAGUUUAAGGUGUACAGAGGCUUUAUAAACAUAUCGAUCUGAUUGGCUGCUUUCUCGUGGCUCUGGCUGCAUGUUCAAUAGUUUCCCAGCGGAGGCGUCGCUCCUCCGCGCUCCGUGCCAUUUUGCACAGCUCCUUUGAGGCAGUUUAAGGCAGAUAAAAGUUUAAUUUUACACUUUGUUUUUCAUAUUUGAGGGAGUGACCAGGAGACAGCACUAUAAUUGUUUCUUUCUGAGGAAUGUUGGAUUAUCUUCUACUUUCUGUUUGCUGUAUGUGUGUGUUUGCCCCAUACGCCUUCAUUUACAUGGGGACGGUUUCCUUCCUGUUCAGCUCUCACCUUCUCUAACUCCUGCACUGAUCUAAGGUCUGCCGUCAAACAUACUGAGGUUUUAAUUGUUGAACUCAUUCGGCCAAAGAAGUCCUCUCAGACGCAACGGUGCAUGUUAAGGAUUGUGAGACGGCGCCUCGUUUUAGGUGAAAUUUAAGGGUUUCUAUGUGCAAUCAGUAGAGCCUUGGAGAUACUGAGACUAGAUGAUGCUGCGUUCUGUGGUACAGGCUGCAAAAAUGUUGAUUUUCUGCAGCAGAAAAAAUGAGAAAACAUGAAGAGUUUCCUCCCAGAACGGUCUUUAUUUAAAAAGUGAAGCAUGAUGUUUAAAGUUUUAUCUUGUUUUGGAACGAAACUCUUCAUUUUUAAUUUUAUUGGGAGAGCUUCACAACAAAUUAGAAACAUAUCUUUACAAAUACAUACUGACCACUUUAUUAGGUACAGCUACUCAUGAACACUAUGCUCUAAUCAUGGCAGAAACUGAUGCAAUGUUGCUGCCAUUUGAUUGGUUGAUUUGCAUUGAAAGCUCUUGAUCAGGCGUACCUAAUAAAGUGACAAGUGAGUCUAUAACACCAUCUGCUUCCUGUGUCGUUUACAGCGUGGACUUUUUAAAUCCUUUACCUCCAGGGUGAACAGAACUGCUGCACUGCUCCUUGUGGUCAUGUGACCUGCGUGGUGAGCAGGAAGUGAUGAAGCUACAGAUGUUUCUUCUGGCUGCAUCCUGCCGUCGUUGAGUUUCUUUCUCUUUAUUUUGUGGGGUGAUUGUAUGCCUGAUAGUGUGUUUGAGUCCUACAUGCAUAUGUAUGUGUGUAUAUAAAUCUGUGCACAUGCUCCUGAUGCCACCUGCAGAUGCUUUAUUUAUGUAUUUUAUAUUAAAAUAAAAUGUCACAGUACA